AUGAAAUUAAAUACAAGCACAUCUAGUGCUCCAUUCAUACCAUAAAGACCAGUUAGUUAAAAUUCAUCAUUUGUUUAAGGAAGAAUGUAAACUCCUCCUAGAGUAGCACGGUUUGCUGAUACAUCACCUCAUGCAUCUUUCGAAUUUGAAGAUUUGAAUUCAUUAUCACUUGAAGAAAUCAAUAGAGAAUUAGAUUAGAAUAGUAUGUAUAUUUUUAAGUAGUUAAUGAGGUGAUCAUGUUGCUUAAUAGAAGAAAAAGUUUGAUUUUAAAUAAAAAGAGAAGACUUAAAGAGGAAUUUUCAAAUAAAAUUGCUGAAUUAAAGAGAUAUCAAUAUGAAGAUUAUGUUUAAGAUUUACAAAGAAUUGAAGAUCCAUUGAUAUAAUCACUUAUGCAAUAAAAAAGCUUACCAAAAAUGCAAAAGUUAUUAGGGAAUGUUAUGAGAGAUUAACAAGAUCGUAAAGUUAUGGAAUUAAGUAAAUCAUAAGAAUUUUGGUAACACAAUAAAAAUGUUGAAACAGAAAUUGACAAUCUACUUAAAAAAUUGAAAUAUUUUGAUAAUGAACUUGAAAAAGACAAUAAUGAGAUAUAUGAAAUUUGUAGAUAAUUAGAUUCAAUUGAUGAUAAUAUUAGAGAUUUACUUAUUACUAAAGUAGAUGACAAUGUUUAAAGAGCAGAACCUUUAUUUGCAAAUAAAUAAAGAUAAUAAUCAAUCCUUAAUGGUAAAUUGAAUUAGAGAAAUAAAUUAAAAGAUGAAAAGAUGAAUUUAAUUUAUAAAAUUAUAGAAGAAUUAUAAAGAUUAAGAGGAUUAAGAUAAGAAAGGAUAAAUAAAUUAAAUAUAGUAUUUGGAGAUGAAGAAAAUAUAUCAAAUUAGAAUUUUUAAGGAUUGUAAAAUGUUUAAGGUUCAUAAUAGAAUUUAGAUUAACCUUAACCAUCUAAGUUAUAGGCUUAUAUGGAUUUUAUGGAAUAAUUUGAUAAUAUAGCAUAAAUGAGAGAUUAAAUAUCUNAGUAACCAAUAAAUAAGAAAGAAAAAAGAGUUACUUUUCUUCUCUGA